AUGACAAUCAUCGUUCAUCAUCUCAACAACUCACGCUCCCAACGCAUCCUCUGGUUGCUCGAGGAGAUGGGCAUUGAAUACGAGAUCAAACACUACGCACGCACUCCACAGGGCGUUGCCCCACCUGAACUUCUCGAGGUCCACCCAACAGGCAAGUCGCCACUCAUCACGGAUACCAACAAUGGCAAGAACAAGGUCAUCGCUGAAUCCGGAGCCAUUGUUGACUACCUCAUCCGCAACUACGGCCAGGGACGCUUCGUACCUAAGGAUUCAGAGCGAAUCGAAGACGAUGUCUUCUACAACCACUUUGCCGAAGGCUCCCUUAUGCCAAUGCUCGUCAUGAAGCUAGUCUUCAGCAUGAUUCCUGCCAAGAUGCCAUUCUUCGUGCGACCUAUCGGCAAUGCCAUCGUCAACAAUGUCAACUCGGCGUUCAUCGACCCAGACCUCAAGCGCAAAACCGACUUUGUCGCCGAUGAGCUCGUCAAGAAAUGCAAUUCGGGCAACGACUGGUUCGCCGGCGGUGACAAGGAUGGCAACCCUACCGCUGCCGACUUCCAGAUGGCUUUCCCGCUCGAGGCUGCUCUUUCUGGGCGUAUCUCGAACCUCCCAGCACCGAUCAAGACCUAUGUGGACAAGAUUCAUGCACGACCUGCCUUCAAGCGAGGUCUCGAGAAAGGUGGCCCUUAUAAGUAUGCGUGA